UGACACCGUGGAGAUUGUUUAUUUGGCAGAUGGCACUGAACAUCUUCUAUCACAUCGCGAAAGCCAGGUUAUGCCUCGGUGGUCAGGAUAUGUUUGCCACGGUCAGAGAGAAUAGCCCCACCGGUGAAUUCAUAGCCAACCUCAGUAUCAACGGAGACCCGGGAGCCAAUAGCAUCCGUCUGUGUCUCACGGGAGAGGACGCGGAUUGGUUCUACCUCGAAGGUCGUACAAUCAGACUGAACUCAUCGCUUUCAAAGGCCUUGGAUCGAGAGGUCUUGGGCUCAGUCCUGAUAGCGAUUUUGACAUGUUAUGAGAAUGAAACAAUACGGAAUCGAUACAGAAUCCUUGUGGAAAUAUUGAAUGAAAAUGACAACAUGCCACAUUUCCUGGAGGACACAAUUCAACCACGAUACAUAAGUGAGUUGAUGGCUGUGAACUCCAUGGCCUUCACAGUGAAAGCCAAAGACGCGGAUGAAGACACAAUCACUUACGUGACCGACAAAUCUUCACCGGAUGCCAGCUAUUUCAGAAUAGAUCUGCCCAACAGUGGGAUGGUGAUCUUGGACAAACCGCUGGACUUUGAGACCAAAUCUCAAUUGCAGGUGGUCAUACAUGCUGUGGAAAUGAAUACAAAAGAAAAAUACAGCACAACAGCCACCGUUACCAUCAAUGUUCUGGACGGUGAUGAUCAGUACCCACAGUUUCUGCCCUGCUCGCCUGUUUAUGAAGAUGGAGAUCAUACCAUCUGUACCAAUCCUAUUUACACGGUCAACAUCACAGAGACAGAUGAGGACAUUGUGCUAUAUUUCUUACCGGGUCCAAUUCAUGCUGAAGAUGGAGACAAAGACAUCCAGACACCUCUGGCUUACAGCAUACUGUCAGGUGAUGACAAUGGCAGAUUUACAAUCGUCAAUCAAACAGGAGAGAUCACACUACAGCACCGUGUGGAAAACAGGCUCCUAAACCCUUCAUUCAGGCUUCGCAUAAUGGCUGCACAGGUGAACGACCCAAAGAAAUAUUCAGUGACGACGGCGCUGGUGCACGUGAUAUCCGAAAACCGCUUUGCUCCGUAUUUCAACAGAACCAUCUACAAAGGGUUUCUUAUCGAGAACUCCAGUCCUGCUACACUGGUCACCACAUAUGGGAAUCAAGUCCUGGUGGUCCAGGCCAUUGACGGAGACUUCAGAGAUGGAAUAAACCCAUCAAUUCACUACACGCUCCCGCCCAAGACAGGCAGACAUAAACUGUAUGACAUCACUCAGGAUGGUAUUGUGAUCGCCAAGACUGACCGGCUGAGAGCCUUUGAUCGCCACAUCCUGGAGGUGAUUGCAACAGAUGAAGAAUCAGGCGAGGUUGCCCAUGCUUCAGUGGACAUUGAAGUUCUACACAGGGGACAACCAGUUCCCAGAAGUCCGUUUGGAGAGGAACGCCUAUUUGGAGACAUAAAUGCAGGGAUGGCUGGGGGCAUCGCUGGUCUUGUUCUGAUAGUGGCUAUAACAACACUUUUCAUCUUCCUCUGGCUGAUCAAGAGACGAAGAGAGAGACAGGAUCCAGCAGACAGGGGUGCCAUAGCACUUGGAAAGCACCCAAAUGUGGUCGAUUCAGGACAUUCAAUACCACUCAUAGAAGACGGCGCCUACCAAAAUGAAGCAUACAUCGACCACGAAAACUGCGGUUCCAUGACUGGAAGACCCAGGCUGUACACCAAAAAAGAUGAAAUGCCCCCACCAACCACCAGGACAUACAGCUGUAAAGAUUCUGGUAGACCCACGCUGCAGGACAUGCUCCCCAUUCUGGUGAUUCCAGAUAUCACCUCAAUAAAAAACUCAUCUUCCUUUUUAACCAAUGGGAAAACAGAUUUCUCUUUUACAGGCGAGGAAGGUCCAAGAAUGACGGAACAGAUUUUUUCCAGCAAGGAGGAAGAAUACUUUUUAGACAUAAAUGAUGAGAUGGAGAACAGGGAGGAUAUUGUAAUGCCUGUCCAACAACGAGAUACUUUGGGGAAUGACAAAGGGACAGAAAAUGACACCCCAGAGAAAAGUUUAGAAGACAUUUGUUAUCAGGACACUUCUGUGGGACCAGCGAUGUUAAUGAAGAUUGAUGAAGAUGACGGUAAUAAUGAUGCGAAUCCAUAUAAAGCCAUGCUCUCUGAUUUUUGCUACAGCGAUGAUGAAGACAUGGUGGAUGAUGAGUCAAGUGAAUUACGGCCCUGUUACAAAUUUGAGCAAAACGAGAAUACGGUCGACCAAACGGCCACCGAACUGGAGGUUGAGAAAUCUCUCGAUGCAAUGAUAGCAAAUGAGGAGACCACAGAUCAGAUGAACUCACAACCUGACUCUUCCACAACUGGAAUAUUACAUUUUGUGGACUCUUAG